AUGCGAUUUCGAAGUACGAUAUUGGUGGUGUUAGUCGUUGUACUUGUCUUGGGAGCAGACGGUGCUCGAGACAGAAGCCGUAAAAAGAAUCGUGAUAAGGGAAAGUCCGCAGAGACCGAAAGCGCUCUCGAUGACGAAAACAGAAGAGGUUUCGGGGAAUCUGAAGGACUAACGGAAAAAAAUCGCGAAAGGAACAGAGAACGAGAAAGAGAACGUGAGCGAGGUAUGGGAAUGGGAGAAAGAGAGAAGGAGGAGGAAAGCAGCAGUGAAGAAAAAGACGACGAUAAAAAGGAGAAGAACGCUACUGACGCGAAGGAGAUUGUGAUUCCCGAAGCUCGGUUACGCAGGUACAGAGGAUAUGAUGAAGAGUUUUGGCAUGGCAAUAAGAGAAGUAUCUCAGACAAUAAGGAUGACGGCAUGUUACUUCAUAAAAAAUCUUCAGAACUCAAUGAAGGCAAACAGAUCCCACUGGAUGAAGUGCAGGAUAAACGUCACCACAUCAAACGCAGGCUUCGCAGAACAUUGGAACUGGUAAAGACGCAAGAAAUCAAUGAUGGCGAACAGAAACCACUCGAUAAAAGGCCAUCACAAACACAUCAAAGGUUACGCAGAACGUUGGAACUGGUAAAGGCUCAAGAAAUCAACGAUGGUGAACAAAAACCUUUGGAUAAGAGACCAUCACAGACACAUCAAGUUGGUCAUAACGGUCUCUCGAUGCUUCAAUGUCAAUGA